AUGGAUCUCUUUGGAGCUUUCGAUAAUCCGGACGUUGAGAACGUCGUUCCGGAGGAACCAGUCAUAAAAGAAGAACCAAAACAGGUCAAACGGUCAAAUUCGGAGGUUUCCAACGGAUCUGAAAAGAAAUCGAAACACAGAAAGAAAGAACAAAAGAAAGAUGAUCAAAAAGUCACACCUAUUGUUGCCGAUACGCUUGAAAUCGAGGCCUCGCGUGAAGUUGAUGCUUCAAGCGGGCUGAUGGCCUCCGCAGACACAGAACAAUCGAAGGUGCAGCUUCGACACCAGGUGCGACAUCAAGUGGCCGUUCCGCCUGGCUACGAUUACGUGCCAAUUGGUCAACACAAACGUACGUCCGAAGCUCGUACGUAUCCGUUCACGCUUGAUCCGUUUCAGGAUACUUCUAUUUCCUGUAUUGAUCGUCAGGAGUCUGUGUUGGUCAGUGCCCAUACUUCUGCUGGUAAGACGGUGGUUGCAGAGUAUGCAAUUGCCCAAUCUCUUAGAGACAAACAACGAGUCAUCUACACUUCUCCUAUCAAAGCAUUGAGUAAUCAGAAAUACCGUGAGUUGCAAGCAGAUUUCGGCGAUGUUGGAUUGAUGACCGGUGAUGUGACAAUCAACCCAGAUGCUGGAUGUUUGGUCAUGACGACAGAGAUUUUGCGGUCCAUGCUGUACAGAGGUUCUGAGGUGAUGAGAGAGGUUGCCUGGGUCAUUUUUGAUGAAGUCCACUACAUGAGAGAUAAGAGCAGAGGUGUUGUUUGGGAAGAGACCAUCAUUUUGCUUCCAGACAAUGUCCAUCAUGUGUUUUUGUCGGCCACUAUUCCUAAUGCUAUGGAGUUUGCUGAAUGGAUUUGCAAAGUCCACAACCAGCCGUGUCACGUUGUCUACACAGACUUCCGUCCUACUCCAUUGCAGCACUACCUAUUCCCAGCAGAAGGCGAAGGAAUCCAUUUAGUCGUUGACGAGAAAGGAACAUUUAGAGAGGAAAACUUCCAAAAGGCCAUGGCGUCUAUUUCUAACAAAAUGGGAGACGAUCCAGGAUCUGUCGAGACCAAGGGAGGAAAGUCUUGGAAAGGAGGAGUCAAGGAAGGAAAGAGCGAUAUUUACAAGAUCGUCAAGAUGAUUUGGAUCAAAAAGUACAACCCUGUGAUUGUUUUCUCGUUCAGUAAGCGUGAUUGUGAAAACUUGGCUAUGAAGAUGUCCAAGCUGGAUUUCAAUACUGACGAAGAGCGCGAGAUGCUUACCAAGAUUUUCAAUAACGCUAUCAGCAUUCUGUCCGACGACGAUAAAGAGCUUCCGCAGAUCAAACACAUUUUGCCGCUUCUGCGUCGUGGUAUUGGAAUCCACCACUCUGGAUUGCUUCCAAUUUUGAAAGAGAUUAUCGAGAUUCUCUUCCAAGAAGGCUUCUUGAAGGUGUUGUUUGCUACAGAGACUUUCUCCAUUGGACUUAACAUGCCUGCUAAGACGGUUGUUUUCACUUCUGUGCGUAAAUGGGAUGGAAAUGGAUUUAGAUGGGUUUCUGGUGGUGAAUAUAUUCAAAUGUCUGGUCGUGCUGGUCGUCGUGGACUUGAUGACCGAGGAAUCGUGAUUAUGAUGAUUGACGAGAAGAUGGAGCCCCAAGUUGCCAAGGGAAUGGUGAAAGGUGUUGCCGAUAGACUGGAUUCCGCUUUCCACUUGGGAUACAACAUGAUUUUGAACUUGAUGCGUGUGGAGGGAAUUUCACCAGAGUUUAUGCUGGGAAGCUCGUUUUUCCAAUUUCAGAACUCCAUUUCCGAGCCUCAAUUGAAGAGCCAACUGGCCAAACUCGAACACGACUUGGACACUUUUGUCAUCGAAGACAUGGAGAAUAUCAAAGAGUACUACGAGCUCCAGAAACAGCUGGAUCAGUACAAUGAAGAUGUUCGUAAGAUUAUCACACAUCCAGGACAUAUUUUGCCUCAUUUGAAGGGAGGCCGAUUGAUCGAGGUCAGCGUGAAUGGAUUGGAUUACGGCUGGGGUAUUGUGGUUGAUUUCUCAAAGCGCAAUAACAAGCGUAACCAGGCCCAAUUUAGUGAUCACGAGUCUUACAUUGUGAACGUUUUCGUCAACACCAUGUUUGUUGAUUCUCCAGUGAAUCUCAUCAAGCCUUUCCAACCUCAGCUUGUUGAAGGUAUCCGUCCUGCCAAAGAGGGCGAGGAAACCAGAAGCGAGGUUAUCCCAAUCACUUUAGACUCCAUCAAAAAGAUCAGCAGCUGUCGCUCGAUUUUACCACAGGACAUCAAGAACUCGCAAGCACGCAAGACAUUAAGAAAGGCAUUGAAGGAAAUCAUCAAAAGACACCCUGACGGGCUGCCAAUCUUGGACCCUGUUUCUAAAAUGCACAUCCAGGACGACGAGUUCAAGGUUUUGCUACGGAAGAUCGAUAUUCUGGAGUCGAAACUGCACUCUAAUCCAUUGGCACAGUCUUCAAGACUUAAGGAGUUAUAUGACCAAUAUUCCAGUCGUAUGGAUUUGGUGCAACAGAUCGAGAAGACAAAGACCAGUAUUAGCGAGGUUCAAUCGUUGAUCCAGAUGGACGAUCUCAAACACCGUAAGAGAGUUCUGCGUCGACUUGGGUUCACUACUCAGGAUGACAUUGUCGAGAUGAAAGGACGUGUUGCUUGCGAAAUUAGUACCGGAGACGAAUUAUUGCUCACAGAGUUGAUCUUCAACGGUACUUUUAACGAUCUUGAGCCCGCACAAUGUGCAGCUUUGCUUUCGUGUUUUGUUUUCCAGGAGCGGACCAAGGUCACUCCUCGGUUGAAGCCCGAGCUUUCUGAGCCAUUAAAAGCGCUUAAAGAGAUGGCUUCUAAGAUUGCCAAGGUUUGCAGAGAGUGCAAGAUCGAAAUCGUGGAGAAGGACUACGUUGAGUCGUUCAAGUCCGACCUGAUGGAAGUUGUCUACGCUUGGUGUAAAGGAGCUUCCUUCACACAGGUUUGUAUCAUGACGGAUGUUUAUGAGGGAUCGUUAAUUCGGAGUUUCAGACGGCUUGAGGAAUUGAUCAAGCAGCUCGAGGAUGCCGCCAAAACCAUCGGAAACGUUGCGCUCGAGCAAAAGUUCAACAGCACUGUUGAAUUGAUCCACAGAGACAUUGUUUCUGCUGCGUCAUUGUAUUUAUAA